AUGGCUCUCGACACUCGGGGCAUCCUUGCAGCGGUGACAAUCGCAAUGUAUAUCCCCUUCCUAUUUCUUUCUGUCAUGGUGGUGUACAGGUACGGCAUAUCGCGAGGUGAUGGGUGGGUCCUGUUGCUGGUAUUCUGCAUCAUCCGAGUAUUGGGUGGUUCUUUGCUUGUUGCAGCUGAGGACAUUACACCUGUGAACACUGGACUAUACAUCGGUGGUUAUGCCCUUGAAGCAUCUGGCUUAUCCCCGCUGUUGGUUUGCACGCUGGGUCUGUUGCAUUCAAUAUUCCAGACGCCCGAUGGCGAAUCAAGACAUAAAAGGCUAUUCCGUCUUCUUCAACUUCUUGGCUUGGUCGCUCUCAUCCUUACCAUCAUUGGUAUCUCCGAUGCGUCAAGUUCCAGCUCAAGCUCGAGUGGGAACACCAUGCGCCGGGCAGGUGUCAUCCUCUUUGUCGUCCUAUACAUUAUUCUUGUCGGCAUUUGCCUCUUUCUAUGGAGCCAAGUCCGCUUUGUCCUGAAAUACCGCAAGCAGCUCCUGAAGGCCAUCUCUAUCGCACUUCCAUUCUUGGCGAUUCGGACGCUGUACAGCGUCCUGUCCACGUUCUCUUCGAGCACGUUUGAUAUUUCGUCAACAUCCUCCCAACCCAACACCAGCGACCUAGCGAAGUUCAACAUUCUCACAGGCGAAUGGCAAAUUUACCUCGUGAUGGACAUGCUCAUGGAGUAUGCGGUUGUGAUCAUCUACACUGUUGCAGCCCUCGUGCUGCCCCUCAAUCAAGAUUACAAUUCCCCAGACUUGAAUCAAGACAACUACCCCUUGAAUAGGCCUCAAUGGUGA